AUGGCCGUCGACACUCUUCCUCCAGAGCUGUUGAUGCGCAUCUUGGAGUUGCUCGAGUCAACGGCAGAUCUCUACUCCGUCAUCAGCGCCUCGCCGGCUGCCUUGCGUAUUUUCGAGACCGCCUCGGAGCGUGUCCUGCUCACUGUCACGCGACGGCGCAUCCACCCCCAGUCACUGCGACACGCCGUCGCCACGAUCAGUGUUCCCAGUGUCAACUUCAAACCUCCGUGGAACGUCCUCGAUCGCUACUUCAGCAGCGGCUCAGAACCCUCUGAAGACGCCCUGUUAGCUCCCGGCAAGGCCAGAGCGUUGGCCACGCUCCACGCCCAUGUCUGCCGUCACAUUCGACGAUAUGCGGAUCAGACGUGCGCCCAGCUGUCAGGUCCUGCAACCGACGGCGGUCAACAACUUUCCAGCACCGAGCUUACAAGGCUCGAGCGCGGCUUCUACCGGUACGAGCUGUACUGCCGAGUAUUCCCAGCAGAGCCCGGGAACGCCCUCCAAUCGCGGUCCUCCGCUCGCGAGCAAUUCGAACGCUUCAUCAAACGCUUAGAGCCCUGGGAGAUGGAGGAGAUCGUCUGUAUACAUCAGUACUUUGUCUACCAUCUAGGCACGAUCGUUGAUGACCUUGAAAGCCAGCUGGUGACCCGCUUUCUCGCCAACGCAUGUCGAGAGCCCCCGGUUGGCGACGCUCAGCAGGUAUUAUACUAUGAUGAGCUCGACAUGAGAGAGAUGACGCUCUUCUCCACGGAAGCGCGGAAGGACUCCCCCCACAAUCUGGGAUACAUUGCCGCAUCCGGUCUUGCCUUCAUGAACAGUGUUUUCCAUGCUACCACCAGCACCGAGAGACUCGACCUGAUACGGAGCCACGGGCCCGGCACGCGGGAAUUACUGGCCGAUGCCCUCUACCGUGGAGCAGAAGAAAUCCCACAUCCACCCAUCUCCCGAGACUUCAGCGGUGACGACCCCUCGCUGCCGAACCUGGGCUACCUACAAUACGCCCCGGACGUGACUACCAUCUACAUGCAGAUCCGCGAGGACGACAUUCGCUGGCUGCCGAUGAGGCUGCUAGGCUACGUCUUCUGGGACUCGGACCGGCUCGAGAACCCCCUUGCCCGGUCCGUCAUGGAGCAAGGCCAGGGCAUGUCGAUGAGGGAGCUUCGCCAACGCUUCGACCGUAGUAAGCAACCGAGCGCCGAGGCGAGGCUCGACGGCUUUCGAGUGAGACGGGACGUCAUGGACGAUCUGGUUCGGGACUAUGCUUCCACUCUUGUACUCUUCCCCCCCAUUGACGAGGUGGAGGAGGUAGAACACCCGGGUGCGGGCAUGUAA